UAUCAGCAAGAUUAUGAGAUAUUAAUGCACCGUUAAUGUUUUAUUAUAACUUAAUAAAUAAAACUUUUAAUUAUCUAUUGAAACCUAAAACUUAAAGAAACAAUGAAAUAUGACAAGCAGUAAAAAUUAAUAUAUGCAUUCAAGUAUGAAUUAUGAAAUGUUAACCUAGAGACUCAUACAUCUUUCACGUGGCUGUGGUAGACCCUAAAUAAGUAUUUAUUUUUGAAUACUUAUAAGGUUAAAUUUGUCAUGUAUUGAUUAUUGAAUGAAUAUUCGUUGUUUAAACAUAUUAAAGUACAGUAAUCUGCAAACAAAAUGUCGAUUAAAAAGACUAAAGCAGCAACAAAGGGUGCUAAACAGAUAGUCGAAGAGAAUAAAAUAACAUUAAGUUUCUACCAGAAUAUGAUUAUUGGAGCAUUAGGAAUAUAUUUUACUGUCAUGAUGUUGUUUUUUAAUUUUACAACAUUAUCAAUAACAUUAACUAUAUUUUCUGGUAUUGUAUAUAUAGCAAGUUAUCAAUUUAUGAAAUACAUAGCACAAGCAACAUACUCAGAGUCUGGUCAGCUAUUAGAUUCUGGAAUUGAUCUUAACAUGGAAGGAGGUAUAGGAGAACAUGUGAAAGAUUUAAUUAUAUUAACUUCAGGGGUACAAGUACUCUCUCUUAUAUCAAAUAAUAUUUGGUUAUUAUGGCUUCUUGUACCAUUAAGGGGAGGAUGGAUGCUAUGGAAACAGAUAUUAGCUCCAUGGUUCUUUGCACCUGCUCUAGAGCAACCUGAGAUUAGUGAAAAGAAACAACGAAAAUUGGAGAAAAAAAUGGCUAGACGACAUUAAUAUUUUACUCAGGAAUAAAAAUACGUACUAAUCAAUUUUUUAAGAAUUACAUGGAUGUGGGAUAGAGUCAAGGAAGAUUUUAUGACAUAAGAUUGCUUAUUACUUGAUCUUCGUUUUAACUUGCGUUGUUUCAUAGCCGUUCUUAUAUUUAUGAAUAGGCUACUUUUCGUGUUUUUUAUAUAAAUUUUUGUAUAAAUUAUACAGUCAGCUUUUUAGAAGUUGGAUAAUGUUUAUAAGCUCUAUUAUGGUAAUUUUGAAAACUAUUUUUCAUUGUUCAAGAAAGUGAAUGAAAAGGUUAAUAGAAAAAUAAAUUUUAUAAUUUUUAACGUUAUUUAUAU